AUCCUCUCCCCACCAGUGUAACCAGCUCCUCCAGAGUCCAGCGAAACCGAGGUUAACCUGAGCGGAGAGGCCACAGAUAGGGGGGGGAGAAAAAAAUGCCCAGAUGACAAAAACUACAUUGACACGCCUAGUCAACUGACUUCUCCCCCACUCGUCCAUCACCCGUCCAGCCAUGCUGCUGAGGAGGAAGCUGUGCGCCGUCGUGGUGAUCGCCGCCGUCCUUCUGCUCAUGCUGGCCAGCCACAGCAUCCAGAGGAGACACGUCCUGCCCGUGUCGGCGGUCCAGCAGGACGGCCGGCUCCCGCCCACCAACAGCGAGAGCGUGAUUGAAUCUACAGUACCGCCUGCUGUCCUGAACCCCCCGUCUCCCAGAAUAACAGAGGCGGACACGGCAGAGGAAGACGAGGAGGAAGAGGAGUCAGAAGAGGACCAAAUUAAAGACUCAAAGCCGUGCGGUUGCUCAGAGUCUUGCAUUUCGGACCUGGAGGAGUCCGAAUGGUUCGGCCAACGCUAUGACCUCAAACAACAGCCCAUACUCCGAGACGACAACAACAACUUUGACCCCGAUGCACUUGCAUGGUGGCUGGCUCUUCAGCGCUCUGGCAGCGGUCAGACGCUGGGGGAAGUGAUGUCACAGAUGUUCCAGGUCAUAUCCCCGCCCACCGUGGACACCAGUCCCCACCCCUCCCGCUGCCGGAGGUGUGCCGUCGUCGGCAACUCUGGCAACCUGCGAAAGUCUGGCCACGGCAAACUCAUCGACUCGCACGGCUUCGUGAUCCGGUUUGUGCAAACUCCUGCGCACACUGUCAGACGCACACACGAGCGCACAAAGGUCCGACCCUCCUCUUUCCCACCUUUCAGCAUGAACAAGGCAGUGACUCGAGGUUUCGAGGAAGACGUGGGGAAUCGAACCACGCACCACUUCCUGUACCCGGAGAGCGCGGUGGACGUGGAGCACGGCGUCAGCCUGGUGCUGCUGCCCUUCAAGCUGAGAGACCUGGAGUGGCUGACCAGCGCGCUGUCAACUGGAACGAUCAAAAUGACCUACAUGAGGGUAAAAGACAGAGUGAAGGCUGAUAAAGACAAGGUUCUGGUGGUGAAUCCGGUUUUCUUUAAGUACGUCCAUGACAGCUGGACGGAGCAUCACGGUCGCUAUCCGUCCACCGGCAUGCUGGCCAUCAUCUUUGCUCUGCACAUCUGUGAUCAGGUGUCCGUGUUCGGCUACGGUGCUGACCAGAUGGGGAACUGGCACCAUUACUGGGAGGAGAACCGCUAUGCAGGAGCCUUCAGGAAGACCGGCGUCCACAGUGCCGACUUUGAGACCGAAAUCAUCCACCAGCUGGCCAAAGAGGGCAAAAUUACUCUACACCUGUGACCCGACCGCUCAC